AACGUUAGAGUAACAUUGCUUGAUAGCUAUAGAAGGAAAUAUGGCUAGCUCAACUGAGAACUCAGACGAAACGUUUCCAUCUGCAGAUAUUGCUGCAGAACUGAAUCCUGGGAAUAAUACUGAGGUUCAAGUUGAUCCUAUAUCUUCUGAAGUUGCUGCCUCCAAGGAAAUUAAGGAAGCUACAGACAAACAGAAGAAAAAACAAAUAGAAAAGAAGGAAUAUUUGGAUAAACUAAAGUCAGCAAUUAUAAUUUCAAGCAUUGUUGUGGCUCUGGCAGGAGCAGCAUUUGCCAUAACCAAGAAAUUGAAAGAGAAAUGAUCCCACAUUGCUCAGUGCUCGAGAGUAUUAGAAGAUUCAUAGAUAUUAUCUUCUUUAUUUCUUUUUAAUACAAGUUUUCUUUCUUUUUGUAUGAAUUAGUGGUGCCCAUCCUUUCUGGAAUUUUUGGGUUCUCAAAUAAGUCCCCAGCACCACAAACUAUU